AUGGCGCGUACUAUCACAAUCGCUGUCUUCACAACAGCAGCCUUCCUUGUUCUUACACUCGCCCUGGGUUGCACCUUGAACAACAUCAUACCCUACCUAGAUGAGACGCUCGACAUGUCUGAGUCGACAAUGGCGUGGUUCGACUACUUUCCCGCGACGGAUAUCUGUGGAGUCGAUACUAUGGCUAUGAUGUGGCCUACGACGAGAUCUAUUAGCUUGCCCAAUUCCGCAAACGCACUAUCCGCUUCCCUCCUCGAGAAAACUCCUGCCAUCAUGUCAAGUAUGGCAGGGUUUGUGCGCCAAGUCUGUUCGAUUAUGAUUGCAAGCUUCGAGAUUGGUCAACAUAUAUUCGAUACAGCGAUUGCGCUACGGGCCCAUCUACACCUUCUCUGCGAACCUCCAGUUGCCGAUUCCCUAUUUGCUACAUUGAUAUUGGUGGCCACUUCCGCUAUACUUCCAUUGCUACAAUCCCUCUUCUGGAUGAUAGGCUACCCUAUCAUGAAGAUAGCUGUUCUUUUUGCGCUUGUCGCACGGAAGAUAUUCGGUGGAAGAGCAUCAUUCUUAUUUUUCGCCGCCUAUAUUGUACUCGCUAGCAUAGUUGUAUACUUUUGGGGUUCUUUGACCGGAUGA